AUGCUUGACCUCGAAUCAUUUAGCUUGUCCUCGCUGUUUUCUGUCGAGGGGAAGACUGUCGUCGUGACCGGAGGAGGUUCGGGGCUUGGGAAAGCCGGCAGUUUUGCGUUCAACGGCGCCAAGGUCUACAUUGUGGGUAGGAGAGCCGAUGUCCUCAAUUCAGCAGCAGACGAGAUUAAUGCAGCGAGCCGUGGCAGUGUCAUAUCACUACCCGGCGAGGUGGGCUCUAAACAAAGAGUCGAUGAAGUGGUGAUUGCGCUACAGAAGCUUGAAGACCAUGUCGACGUAUUGAUCAACUGCGCUGGAAUAAAUCGUCCUUGGAAAGCUGAAGCAUCAGAGCUUGACAGUCGACACAACGAUCCCGACGCAGUCGAGAAAUUGUUGUGGCACGGCCUUGAUGAUGAGAACUUCCAGUCGACCUAUUCAAUCAAUGUCAACGGCGUCUACUUUAUGAGCACAAGGAUGGUUCCUCUUUUACGCAAGUCACCAGCUCCAACGGUCAUCGUCAUUGCCUCUAUAGCAGGCAUGAUGCUACAACGGCAAGCCAUCACAUAUUGUCUGCUUGCGAAGCUGUAG